AUGCCGGAUUUCGCGGGUCUCGUAAGACCUCUUAGGGGCCUGCCAUUCACCAAGGCAGGUCGGGAACGAUCAAACUCGUCAGUCUUGAUCGACUGGGAGAUCGAAAGUUCGCCCACCAUCAUCCUCGGAACCGGCCCGGACAGUUUGCCCUCGUUCUUGUCCGGUAAACUGUCUCUCGAUGUCAAAGAGCCCUCCGUCGAGAUUGAAGGCUUCAAGGCUGUGCUCAACGUUCACACAGUUCAAAAGAAACCCUUCAAGAGUCGGUGCAACAAUUGCAAGGAUAAAUACAUCGAGAUACAGAGCUGGCGUUUUCUGAACCAACCAACCACCCUGAGAGGUGGUAAUCACACAUUUCCCUUCUCUGCCCUGAUACCAGAUCACCUUCCGGCUUCCAUGGAUUCACCUGUCCUUUCCGUAUCCUACGAAUUCCACGCCGAAGUUCAUUUCAAGCCACAAGCAACGUCAACGAGCACCUCUCGAAGUACAAUAUUUGAUCGCAACCUGACCGUCAGACGUCGCUUAUCCGUCCCAAACUGCCCUCUGCAAUUGACUCGCAUUUUUACGGCUGCAGGCAUCGAAGUAAACAGUCUCAUCGACUCUAUGAUUCGCCCAGCCGGAGUCAACAAAGUUUCACUCUCACUCAAGGGCCUCCUUGGCUCCCCAGGGAAUGGCCAAAAUGACCAUCUCUGGCGUCUAUGGAAGGGGGCUUGGAGGCUCGAGGAGAACAUCCAGACCGUUUCGACACCUUGCAAGCGACAUGGCGUUGCGAUAUCUGCAGAUGUAGACGACUUAGUUCGCCAGAAAACUCGACUCCUCGGCGAAAAGGGCAUAUACAGUGGAUGGGAAGAAAACGGGGCCGAUGGAACAGCUGAAGUGGAAUUCAAUUUUAAUAUUCGCCAAAACUUCAGUGGCCCUGACACUUCCUACAGCUAUGAUACAAAGAGUGUCGAUGGUACUGAGGUGACUCACACGUUGGUUGUCGAGCUUGUCCUUGUCAAGGAACAUUUCCCCGAGGGGAAGCCACAUUUGGCAAUCCGAACUGGCGUUGGCCGGAUCCUACGCUUGAGCUACCGGGUCGCGUUGGCUGAUGAUCCGGAUAUGGCUCCUGGCUGGGUUGUCGAGAAUCUACCGUGCUACCAGGAGGAGUGGUCAAGUCCGCCAGACUAUUUGGAUGAGGAAAACCUUCUAGAGGGGGGGAAUACCACGUUUAGCGAUGUUUUGUGA